ACAGCUGCGCCACUCGGGAGGCCACGAGUUGGUAUGGCUGCCGCCGGACUGAAAAGGGACCUAAAUGAGUGGGAUGAAAGUGCAAUGCUUCAAACUGAAUCGGGAACAUGUAAAACCAGAUUAAAUGCUGCAGCUAGUGAAGUCAGGCAUCCCACCAACCUACCCGCUCGACCCCAUCCUCUCCUCCCUGAUCUAUCCACUGCAUUCGACACCAUGAGCCAUCAGAUCUUCCUCUCCACCCUCUCAGGGCUGGGCAUCUCAGGCUACGCACUCUUGGAGGCUGCUCCUAUCAGGUCACGUCAAGCAUCUCUGCGUGCCUGGCAGAUAUCUCAGCUUGGAUGUCGGCCCACCACCCCAAGCCAAGAAAGAGCUGCUCUUCCUCCCGGGGAAGGCCUGCCCUCUCCAUCAUGGUUAACAACCACAGUGUCCCCCUCCCAGAGUGCAAAGAACUUUGGCGUGGCCCUAGACAACACCCUGUCGUUCUCUGCAAACAUCAAAGCAGUGGCUCACUCCUGCAGGUUCAUGCUCUACAACAUCCCUAGUGUACGACCCCACACAUUGGUCCGAAUCCAGGCUCACUGCUGGCUGGGCUCCCAGUUUGUGCCAUCAAACCCCUGCAACUUACCCAGAACGCUGCAGCCCGCCUGAUUUUCAACCUCCCCAAGGUCUCCAAUGUCACCCCACUUCUCUGCACACUCCACUGGCUUCCAGUCAAAGCUCGCAUCCACUACAAGACCAUGGUAAUUGCCUACGGAGCAGCAAGAGGAACUGUCCCUAUCUACCUACAGGCUCUGCUCAUACCCUUCACCCAGACCAGAGUAUUCUGUUCUGCCACCUCUGGUCUAUUGGCCCUCCCACCAUCACGGAACGGCAGCUCCGGCUCAGCCCAGUCCAAGCUUUUCUCUGUCCUGGCAUUUUAAUUUGCAUGUGAGUUGUAGUUUCAUGUGUUUAUUGUAUUUUGAUGUGUAUUGUUAAUCUAUACAGAGCUCAUCUGAUAAAGAGACCUUGGUCUCAGCAUCGACUCCCUUUCAAAAUAAAGGUUCAAUAAAAAAAAAAAAA